AUAAUUUUCUACAUCAUGUGUUAUUGUGUUCAAUUCGAUGAAUUUUAUUUUGUACGUUGGAUGUUCGAGAUUUCCUGUUUAUGCCUUUCAAUCGAAAUUAGUAUUCAAUAUAUUGUGUUAGUGUUUGGUGUGUAACGUUUUCAAUGAACAGAUAUCAUGGACGUACGGGAUAGGACACCCGGACCUGUUGACCCUUCUGUCCUGACACUACAGGACACCCAUCGGAGCGUCGACGUAUGGAACCUGACGGGUGACGUAGCGAAGCCACUACAGUGCAGGCACUACAGGACCCCCUGGGUUGUCCAUGAUCGCUGCCUUGAGUACGUGACGUACGCUGGCUUUGGCGGUGUACAUCGCUUGGGAUUCAGGGAGAUCGACCGACACCUUGUCACGGCGUUAGUGGAGAGAUGGAGGCAGGAGACGCACUCCUUCCACCUACCAGUUGGGGAGGCGACUGUGACAUUGCGGGACGUGGCAAUACUGACGCGCCUUCCAGUACAGGGGACUGCGGUGACGGGAUCAUUUCUAGUCGAUCCCGUUGGAUUGGUUGUGCGGGUUCUCGGGGUGCAGCCGGGUCCCAACGAUGUUAGGGGCUCCGCCUUGAGGACGGUCUGGUUACGAGAUACUUUCCAGGGCUUGCCUGCGGACGCCGAUGACGGCACAGUACAGAGAUACGCUCGAGCGUACUUGUUCUUCCUCAUAUCCGGCGUGUUGUUUGGCAACAAGAGAGGGAGCCACUUGCAGCUUAUUUACCUACAGCUGUUAGACCACGACUGGGAGCAUAUCCGUGGAUGA